ACAACCAGGGAAAGAACAAGGCUGAAGUAUCAAACAUAGUGGCUGCUCCUUUUUAAAGCCCAUACCAGUAAUACAUCUAGUUCAUGCCAAAGGAGCAGGCACGUGCGGGCCGGCUGCCUAGUCUGCGGACAAUCCUGUCAACAAAAAAGACUCAAAAUACGUUUCCACGUGACUCUGUGGAGCCUCUGAUGCAUGUCGGUUGUAUUGUGUUGUGAGAGUCAUGACGACACACUAACUUUUCCCCUCAUGGCUCGAGUGCGACGCAGCAGCCAACACGCGAGCGACGGCCGGAGCGAGAGACAUCUGCAGCGGACGAAAGGAGGCGGCUUUGAUUCACCAUUGCACAUCUUCGAGGCUGCAGUGCAAACAGGAGUUCCGAGCCAGCAGUGAUGUCAGCCGGUCUCAACGUCUGGCACUUGUGUUAUUGUGGGCAGAUGUGAAACACCAUCUCACUCUGAGGGGCUCUGUGCGCCGACAUGUGUACUGGUGCGCAGACGCACAAUGUGUGUGUGCUGCUGCAGGAGCUGCUCUGGACCACGCUCCAGCGAUGGCGGAUGGGGCCAGUCAAAGAAGAACAAGGACAUGAAGAAGAAGAAGAAGAAGAAGAAGAUCCACACUCCACACAGGAACCCUCGUGUCCACACCUUCCUCCUGAGAGUCGGAACACAGCGGGCCUUUUGUUGCCACGUGCAGAACAAACUGAUUCAACAGGUUUUUUCCACCCGAAGCCCCCGAUGGAGAACAUCACUUCCAUCGGUGGGUGCCGAGUGACUUAGUUUAUACACACGCAACAGCUGGAGGGGAAACGCUGUAGACUCAACACAGCAAAGUGCACGGGACACGGACGCACGGGGAUGAUGUGUAAAUUAAAAAAGAAGCGUCAUGGCAACCAUUCUUCAUGGUGCUAAUGAUGAAGGGGCUCGCAGCAGGCUUCAGUGAAUUGUGAUCCAGUCAUCAUCUGCCAUAUGACAGUAAAGGUAUGUCUGUCUGUUGACUCCCUGACGUGUGUUAAAGCUACACUGUGUAACAUUUAGGAGAAGUUAUUCACAGAAAAUUGAAUAUAUAUUGUCCACAACUAUGUGUCCAUAUGUAUAUAAUCACAAUGUUUUCUGUCAACUUUGAAUGAGUUCGAUAUAGUCACAUGAGGUGGACCCGACCUCCGUGUGAGUCUCCAGGCUUGCUGCGUCGUGUUGCACACAGUCGUUGCACAGAACGGUUCCAGAAUAUGUCGGGUUCGCGUUGAAUUUCCGGACGCUGCCGGAAACCGGGAAUGGAAUCAGUGGCGCGCCGCCAUAAAGUGUCCCCUGUCGGGCGCUCAGUUGGUUGCAGUUUGCAAACUUUACCACCAGGUGGCGCCAGAAAAGUAAGAAAAUUUACACACUGUGGCUUUAAGUCUGAUCUUACACAUAAUCCUGGGUUCAUCCUGAAGCUCCGACCGACAUGACAACCGCUGACCUUUCGUCUUUUCAUGAAGGACACAUAAGGACAGCACACACACACACACACACACAGAUUGUUAUUCCUAUACAUUGGCACGCACAUUGUUUCUAAUACGAUAGACCGCGGUGAACACUGCCACCCAGAUGUGUCUCCACAGACGCCGCCGCUCCACCUGCUCUCCGACUGUCCUCUGGUUAAUGAGCCUGCACCGUCGACAGCCAUCGGCUCUUCUUCUCAACGCGUUGACAUCUCCUGGUGAAAAAAAAAUUGACACUCUCCUUAUGGAUCUGUUUUUCGCUCUCUCUCCAACGCGCAGACGGAUAAAUGUUUAGAGGGGAGUCACGGGGCGAAGGGAGCCGUGAGUCAGACGUGCGGUUGUGUUAUUGUGCUCGCUCGGUACCACCAGGGAAGAACGACGCGGUGGUCCGCCCCGGUUUUCCCGAGGUGGCCCUGAAAAACAACUGGGCCGCUCUUCAAAGCGUGACCAUCAUAUGCGGUUCUCCAGUCAGACGUUUGCAUUGAGCUUGAACGUUACGCGAAGCGGUGGCUGUUGAGCAGCGGGACCUCCCACGUCAGACGGCGUGAAGAUGCUGGAGCCGGGCGCUGAUAACACCAGGGGCUCGGCAGCAGACUGUACGCACACACUCCAAAGAGCUUUAAAUGAGAUUAGGACGCUCUGCUGUACAAAAGGCAUGACGGCAAAUUGUGUUUUAAUUGAGGUGACGGCCGUCAGGGCCAUUUCUACAGCAGUACAGUGUGUGUGUGUGUGUGUGUGUGCGUGUGUGUGUGUGUGUGUGUGUGUGUGUGUGUGCGCGUGCUUGUACAGUACCUGGCUCAGGUAUCCCUCGACAGACGCAUAAGCACAAAAAUGAUGUCAUAUUUAAUCUGCAAUUUCCUGAGUACUUUUUUCUCUCCAGGAUAUUUACGCUGCUUAAACAGAUUCUGAUUGUUUGCACUCAUUAUUUUUUUCCCCGGUAUAAUAACUUCUCCUUUUUCUCCGUUGACAGCAACACAAAAAACGUCUGUUAUUGACGCAGGUGAGUUUGUAAUGUAUAAAUAUAAUAAUGUCCUUUUUUUUUUUUCUGUCUCGUUUUCAAGUUUGUUAUUGGACAAGGACAAGUGCGUUUGAAUCAUGAGAAUGUCUGUGAUUCAUUUAUGUCUGUGUGUCUUUGUGUUUGUAAAUGUUUGUGUGAGGAAGAGUUUCCUAUAUUUUGGGUUUCCAUCCCACGAGGGUAUAAUUAUGGAGCAAAACACUUCGGCGUGUGCUUGGAGAUGCUCUCCCGAGGUGCUGUGGAAAGCCUCCUCACGGGGUGCAAUCAUCAAAUUCACUUUUUCUGGUUCAUAUUUUUCUCUUUAAUCUUUUACAUCAACCCCCCCGGAGCACGUCACAUUGCUAUUUCACCACACACAUAUUACUUACAGAGAAAUGAACUGAUGAAUCAUUAAUCCUCGAGUCACUGUGUGUCUUUUGUGUUAACAGGGCAACAAGUGGCAGAAAAGAGAGAUCAUCAAAGGGAGAGACAUUUCUGACUAAUCCUAAAAAUAUGAAUGAGUAACUAUGAGAUGCAUCUAAUAACUCCAAUUUUUCUGAGAGCUCACGCCAAACACAAGGAUGGUUAAGAGAGGGUGUAAAACCUCACGUCUAGGAAAUAUUAAAUGUGUGUGUGUACAUUUUCGGCUGAUGGAAAUGGGCCUGAAUGGGCAUUUAUCCUUGCCCAAUCAGAACAGUGUGUGUGUGUGUGUGUGUGUGUGUGUGUGUGUGUGUGUUCAGAGGGCAGGGCAGGUCAGUGGGAGUGUAUCAGGGUGAAAAUCAUAUAAAAGACAUCGGGGGGCUGUCAUGUAUUAUAAAAACCCGUCCUUCUGUUUGUCUCUCAGUCCGUCCUCUGGUCCCUCCGCUCUCUGUGCUGCUCAGUUUGUUUUCUUGGUACCUGUUCUCUCUCUCUCUCUCUCUCUCUCUCUCUCUCUCUCUCUCUCCUCCAUCAUGCUGGUCCCAGCUCUGCUCCAGACCUCGCUGGUCCUCUGGUUGGCUCAGCAAACUCUGCAAGGCGGGGUUAAACCUCAGAGUGUAUCCUGGGGGAGAGUGCUGCCAGCCAGAGGUGUUGGCGUUGGAGUAAAACCUGGAGUUGCAGGUGCACUUGGAGCUCUGGGGAACCGAUAUGGCAGCAAAGCAAUGAAGACUGGACUUGGACGUUUUACUGGGGCUCAUCUUGGCACUGGAGGUUACAGAUCUCUUGGACUCGGAGGUAGAACAGGUCUCAAGCAAGGAGGAUAUGGAGCCCAGGGAGGAUAUGGUGCCGGCCUUGGCGCAGGAAUGCCACUGGGGACUGGACUUACUAAUGGACUGGGACUGGGCUUGGGCCAGGGAGGGAGACGAGCUUACGGUGCUGGCCUCGACACUGUGCCAGGGUACGGAGCCUUGGGUGCCAUGGGUUAUCCCAGAGCCCGACCAGGAAUUGGACUUGGCUAUCCCAAUGGACAGAGGACUGCGGAACAAAUACCCGGUGUGUCUGCAGCAGAUCUGGGUGGACCAGAGCUGGCCAGUCUGGGCCAAGCUGCACAAGAUCUGAAGAGUCAAAAGAGCAGAGCAAUUAAUCCCUUACACGGAAGACGGGACAGAACUCUUGGACCUGAAUUGCCAAUCGUAAGAGACAGCAUUCUUGGUCCCACUGCACCGGAAUUGCAGGCGGGAGGAGAUGUCAAAAGCCUCCAUGCAGUAAUCAAGUCAUCAAGUCUCGGAUCUGCAAUACCUCUUGAUAAACCGAGCAAAAAUCAUGGUCUUGGAGAAAGUUAUGACCCUACAGGUUUGGAAAGACAGAGCACCACAAGCCACGGAGCGGCACUGGCCGCUGGAGGAGGAGUAAGACAUCAGCUUCCUUUUAGAAUAGACAACAUCGGAAUCCCAGACUCUGCUUCCUCUCAGGUGCAGAGUGCCAGAGACUAUGGUUUGUCUUUUCAACAACAUCACAGAGACAAAAACUGCAGAUCCACUGGUGAUUUUUCGCACCUAGCGGAAAUCAAUCGCCACGAGCUUUUGGGAUCAGAAAGGACUCAAGGUUUAAUGCCUAAGUCUCACCUCGGUAAAGACGGCAAACAUCUCGGACACGCAGCCGCGCGAGCACAAAGCGAGAAAACCUACCCACUGCCUCUUUCUCAAACUCCAGAUGCCAGAGGGUAUACUGGUGGAGCAGGAAACUAUCUGGGAGCAGGCCAGGGCAACGGGGGCUACGGAGCAGGUCUGGGACAGGGAGCCUACCUGGGCGGUGCUGCUGGCAAACUUGCAGCUGCUGCUGCACUUGGACAGGGUGCGUAUCCUCAAGGUGGUGCAGGCUAUGGGGACGGAGUAACAGGAUACCUGGGUGCUGGAGCAGGCAACGGCUACGGUGGAGACGCUGGUGCAAAAGCUUUGGCUGCAGGCUACGGGAACGGCUACAGCGACGGCUACGGAGCGGGCCUCGGUUACCCUGCAGAGUUAGCUGACGGGGCUGAGAGCAAAGCUGGAAAGCGUAAAGCCCUCAGCACAGGAGGCUACGCCGGCCAGGUCCAGGGGGCAUAUGGAGCACUCGGGGCGGGACUGGAAUCAACUGGUGGCAAAUACGGGGGAGGAGCUGCUCAGGUUCCUUAUGGCAAUGCUCCGGUGAUUCCUACCGGACUGGAAGGUGAUGGUGGGUAUCCGUACUCUGCUCAGUCGCUCAGCCUGAGCGCUGAAGGUGCCAAAACCGCCAACAAAUAUGGUUACGGCGCACAGCUGGGAGCGGCUCAAGAGGCCUUGGGAGAGCAGCCGGGCAAAUACGGCGGAGUGAACGGUGCCCAUGGAAAUGGAUACAAAGGCUAAGUCCGACGAGCUGAACGUCUGCAAAGUGGAUCGUUGCCAUUAUGUGUUCACUGUAAUGUGUUUUGAAAACUUCUCUUUUUUUUUUAUUUGAAUGUGUGUUUCCGUCCAUUUUGUCCCAUUGUGUUGUUGGUUUUGUCUUGUUCUUUCUCAAACCUCCCUCUUUGUCUUUUCUCUGUAAGGGGACAUUUGUUACCCAUGUCUGUGUGUCUCUCUGGUCCGGAACCUGCAGUGCCCCACCUGUCUUAUAAUGUCAAUGCUGGGGGGGGGGAAAAAAUCGAUGAUGAACAUAAACAGAUGAUAAGUGCAAGAAACAUUGUGCCUAUGUUUUGAAAUUCCUGUUAAUAUGGGUAUUUACUGUUUUAAUCCAAUAAAUUAUACGUCCAGCGGUGCUGAA